ACUACUUUUGCCAUUUUUAUCAUGGCGAUUUCUUUUUGACAUUUGACUACAACUGGGCGCACGUGUUUUCGGGCAAGGCUCUGUGCUAAAUUAUAGUAAAAUCAAAAUGAAUCCGGAGAAGCUGAAGAAGUUGCAGGCGCAGGUGCGCAUUGGCGGCAAGGGCACCCCCCGCCGCAAGAAGAAGAUUGUCCACUCCACGCCCGCCACUGACGACAAGAAGCUGCAGUCGUCCCUCAAGAAGCUGUCGGUGAACACCAUUCCCGGCAUCGAGGAGGUGAACAUCAUCAAGAAUGAUGGCACCGUCAUUCACUUCAACAAUCCCAAGGCUCAGGCCUCUCUGCCGACGAACACGUUCGCCAUCACUGGCCAUGGGGAGAACAAGACGAUCACCGAGAUGGUUCCCGGUAUCCUGACGCAACUGGGUCCCCAGGACAUCAACCAGCUGAAGAAGCUGGCCACGGAGAUUGCCAAUAAGAGCGGCGCCGGCGGCGCAGCCGGUUCUUCGGCCGCCGAUGCCGGUGAUGAUGAUGUGCCCGAUCUGGUUGAGAACUUCGAAGAAGUAGCCAUUGCCGGCACAAAGGAGGAGAAGUCCGGUGAGGUGGCGGCCUCCGCUUAGGAAGGUCCAACCCCAUCCAUUUGGACAUCAAAUCACACACAACACAAAAACCACAUACAAAACAUACGGGGCCAGGGAGCAAUUCGAAGGGGCAGGCAUACAGGACACACACCCACAACCCAGAAGACGGAAUCACACACCACUCCCCUAUUCCGUAUCCAAAACGAAAGCGGAACCACUCCGGACUACUGCGGCUGUUCUGACCUGGAUGGGCCACCUUCGUGCUUCCCUCUAGCCACUUUUCUGGGGGUCAUGCUAAACACACUAUACUAAAAAUACAACAAAAAUAAAGGCAUCCGAGUGAGCGCUGAACAGAA